GUUUGGGAAAAAUGUCGGAACCCAGGCCACCGGUGGCUUUACAAGCUUCUGCUGUUACGGCUCCAUUUCUAAGCACUAGUGAUACCGAAAAAGAAAGUGUAGUUAAAUCACACCAGAUAUUUGAAGCAGUGAAGGCAGGGUGAGUUGUUGCUCCCCCCCUUUACGAUCGGAGUAUAUUGGUCUACGUCUAAUAGUAAUAGUUUUAGAAGUGAGGUUUGCGAUCCCCAGGGCUUGGGCCUCUCCCCUCCUUUUGCCUUUACAUUUUACAGUACUUUAUUUUUAAGAAUGUUUUAGGACUAGCCUAUAAUUCAUUGUAUGUUGUCAAUAAGUUUCAUAAUUUUCACAUUUCCCCUUAAGACCAUAUAUUAAUUGAGGCUCAGUUAGCUCGCCUGCCUAACCAUAGUUGAGUAGUAUUGAAUAUUGAUCAUUUAAUUACACUUGUGAUUUGAACUUACUGCUCCCGAUAAUUGAUCGAUAUCAAGCUUUUGUGACUUUAGUUUGGCCCAAUAAAGUAGUACCAACGCAGUAGAGCUGUUGUGGUAACAGAAAUAUAAACAAUAGUAAAAUAAAAUGAUAAGUUAAAGACUAUCAGUAGCAGUGAAGCUUGCUCAGGCUACUGAACCAGAAUAUGACAUUGUCAUGGUCAACAAGCCUAGCCACAAAAAUCACAUUAUAACCAACUCAAUAUUCAAAAUAUCAUGAAAUAUAAUAUCAAUAUAAUGGUGAAAUAAAAUUUUGCUGUUCUAAACUUAAUUUACAUUUAAUUUUUAGAAUAUAAUUAUAAUUUAAUAUAAGUUUAAGGCUAAGGCUAUAUUUUUUAACUCUCACAUAUAUUUCUAAAAAGCUUUCAUCUUCAGUUUAUAGUUGCAAAGUCUUUGAUUAAUUACAAUCCAAAAAUUGAUUUUUUAGAAUAAAUCUGCUUCUAAACCUAGUUACUAGUAGAGAUAAAGCCUGCCACUGUCUGUAGUCAUUAUAGGCUAUUCAAGAUCAAGGUUGCCAAAUCAAUAUCAAUAUAGAUAAUGUAAUAGAUAAUGAAAAAAUCAGACAAAUGAUUUAAAUCUUCACAAUUUUAUUGACAAACGUAUUUUGUAAAGACACAUAUUUCAUAUAAAUUUGGAACAACAAACAAAAUAUCCUUGACUUUUUCUUUACUGUACUGAAGUUAUAAUAAUAUUUUUGGAACAAAUAUUUUUUUGUAUGACUUUACCAGUUUGGAUUUUACAAUCUUAAGGUCACAGAAUUCUUCGUGUGUUUGUAUCAACUAAUUAGAAGGAGCACUUUUGUCUUUUUUUAUGGCCGUAAAGUAUAAAUUAUGUCAAUUAGACCAUUAUUCUAAAGAGCACAACCAAAACCACCUCAUUUUUUUUUUUGCAACCUAGCCUUAUAAAUAUAGAUACAUGAAGUCAUGAUUUGAUGUUUAAAAUUUAAUAUGUUAGCAAAUACCUUUUUUUAUAAAAUAAAAUAGUAUGUUGAUUAAAUAUUUACUUGCAAAUUGAACUUAACCAUUGUGCCAUACACUGCAAAUAAACAUGGAUUUCUUAGUUGACUACAGGAGGAUAGUUUACAUGUCAUCUGUGGCGCCCCAAUGGUCCAAGGGAUAAAGGACAUGAUGAUGAGGAUGAUGAUGAUAAUUUGAUAUACCUUAAUAAUGUAGUGCAUAAAAAACUUACUGCAUAUCAACAUAAAAUAUAUAAUUUAAAGUGUAUUAUUACUUUUUCUUAUAGUUUGCUUAUUCCAGUCCAAACUAUUGUUGAACAAUGUGGACUACCUGUGUUGUCUAUGAGAGAUGACAAGGGCCACACACCAUCUCAUUGGGCAUGCUUGGGUGGACACACAGCUAUUCUCAGGUCAGCUUAUUGCAUGCAUGAAUUUGUAUUGAGUAUAUUAGAAGUAAGUUUACAAUUAGCCAUUGUGCAAGGUUGACCACUUAAAACCAGUACACAUCCACCAUUUGCUAAUCACCUCACAUGACCAACAAAGUAAGCACCCAAUCAUGAAUAUAUUACUUAGUCACAGAUUUUGGUGAAAAACUAGCCCGACACACACUGCUGCUCAGAUGACUUUGUGGCUCCUGCACCUGUACUGUCUAUUUAAUUCCACUUCCAAUUAGAUAUACUAGUUUAUUGUGCCCCACUCUGUAUUUGUAAUAAGAGACCUAAGCAGUCAAUAUUAAAUCUGUUAAAAAUAAUUUUUGCUUAUUGAGAAAAAAUAUUAUGUGAAAUAAAUACAGGAACAUGUUGAUAAUCUGGACUAAUUAUAGACUUACCGGAUUUUCAAAUGCAUUUGUUGUAAAAAUUGAGGACAUGGUUUACCAUGUGCAGGGUCAUUCAAAGGGAUGUGUCUAAAUUCAUAAUUUUUCAUCCAACAAUAUUUGUAUUAAUAUAUACUUUUUGGGUGCAGCUCUUGUCUGCCAUGACCAUAAACAUACAUUUUUUGUUAGUCUGGAUUAUUGCCAUCUUCAAUGUACAUAUAUAAUCUGGCUUGCUAUGAACUCUUAAUAAACCCUUGACAACUGUUAAAUAUGUACUUUGAUUUUUAAUUUUUGUGUAGAAUGUCUAUAAAAGUGUUCUACCAGAACAUUUCAUCUUUUUCUUUAAAAAAAAUUAACCUAAUGUUAAAAAAUCUGUGGCCUGUGAGGUUUUGCUAGGUACUUAUUUUUAGUAAAGUUUAACACAUUGCCUCUUGGGAUUUGUAGAUAUAUGAUAGAGAACAAAGUUCCAAUAGAUGAGGCUAGUACCAACGAGCUGGGAGCUAAACCAAUACACUGGGCCUGCGUCAAUGGACAUAUAGCCAUUGUGGACAUUCUCACACAGGUAGUAGCUUCAGUUUGGUUAUUGAAUUUAUUAGUUUUGCAUUAAACAAUCUUUCUAAAAGUUGUUAAUAUUAAUUUAGGAGUAUUCAACUUAGAGACCAUAGCACAUUUUUAAUUGUUGUUAGGAACAAUAUAAAUACACAGAGUCUGAGUGAGGGCUGAAUGAGGCUCAUGUCCUAUGCACAGCCGGGGACAUAAAAAGUGCUGUGCACUAUGUAGACAACCAAUGAAUACAAUGGCCAGGAGAAUAACUGCUGUAAAACCAUGUACCCAGUACUUGUAAGCUCAACAAAUAUUAAUUUCACAACAAUAAAAUCAAUUUGUUACUUUCAAAAACCUUUCAAACUUGUUGUAUCCUAACUUAGGCGGGAGUAGAUUUAGAUACAACAGAUAACAAAAACUGCACCCCCCUCAUUGUGGCAGCCCAGUAUGGUCAAACCAUGCUGGCUGGUUACCUCAUGGGCAAAGGUGCCAGGCUGCAACUGACAGAUAAAGAUGGUGACAAUGCUUUACAUUGGGCGGCCUUUAAAGGUGAGCAUUUUAGAGAAUAUUAAUUAUAUCAAACUGCUUAGAGAUUUUUAUUGCCUUAACAAGAUAAAACCCAAAAUUGUUGAAUUCAGUUUAUUAAAUUUCAUGUUCCCUUUUUUUCCCCCUAAAACUUAUGGAAAAGUUACUGAAUUUAUAUAUGUGUUGCUGGUGUUUUCUACAGUAUAAUCAGUUGUCUCCAUUUGUUUUUCUAGGUUAUAAUUUCAAUAAUAGUUAAUUGACUGCAGGUACUACUAACCUACUUGGAGUGAAAACUUGCUCUCCUGCCUAAGCAAAGGGGCAUUACUCUGUUUAAAAAAUUAAAAUGUCGUUUUUAAUUAAAAAAAUAAAAUAUAAAACAUGCAAAGUCAUUGUUAUUUAAAUUUUUAUUAAACACAAAUAUGAAAUGAAAUUUUAUAUUCAUGAUUAAAGAUAUGGUUAUUUAGAGAAUAAUUAUAAUAUCUGAAGUUUACAUUUUCACAUGUUAUAUUCUAUCCUUCGUAAGGUCAUAAUGAACUUAUGCGACUGUUAAUCUACUCUGGGUUUAACCCUCGACAAAAAGAUAACUUUGGACAGACCUCUCUUCACCUUGCAUGCAUCAAUGGAAAUUUGACAGCAGUUAAAGAGCUUUGUGAACAGGUAGCUAACUGCUGUCUUUCAACAAUUUUAAUUUUAUUUCUUAAAAAUCAUGGCUGCUAUCAUAAAUUGAGUUACGUUUGAAAAUUAAAAUGUAUUGACACCAAAAAAAACAAUUAAAAACAUUUCGCUCAAUAACUUAUAUUACCGGUACCUAUAAUAAUGUCAAGGAAAAUGACUGGAUGAAAAUUGUAUUUAUACAUAAAAAAAAAGUUCCCCAGGGUAUAUGAAAGAAGCUGAAGCUGUAUCACUUAACUAAUCGCACGUCAUGGGUUGUAGGCUAAAAUGUUAUAUUUUCUUAAUACUUCUUGGUACAUAAAUUUUCUCAUCUUGUCCUCACCACAGGAUGGUGUUGAGGUUGACAUUCCCGACAACAAUGGAAAAACACCAUUGCAGCUGGCACUGGGCAGGAAACAUGAUAAGAUUGUCAGCUAUUUAAAGAAGGAAGUGCAAACAAGAAACAGUAUUUUACCUCGAAUCGACUGCUGGUUUGUUAACACUUAUUUAUUUUAGUAGUCAGAUUAGUUUGAUUUUGUAUAUUAGCCUAUUAAAAAUUAAACUUGACAACUAUUUAAUUUGGAAUGCAAAACUUUUUUUAAAAGAAUACUUUCUGGUGAAUGAAAUUUAAUCCUGAUUUGUAAUCAUUUUUAUUAUAAAAAGAAAAAAAUUAAAAAUUUAAAAAAAUGUUUAACUCCUAAAAAUUAUUAUUUAUUUUCAUCACACCCUUUCAUUAAUCUUGAGCUAAACAAUUAAAACAUGUGCUGCGAAGGACUAUUUAUCAUUUAAGUAUAUUCGUUUGUGCCAUAGUAUUAAAUAUCUCCAAAGUAGCAAUCCUUUAUUUCAUGGCGUUCAUAUUAGUGUUUAAUUUUUCCAGCUUAUAUUAAUACAAGUAAAACCAAAAAUAUAAAAUCAAAUGCUUAGAAUUCCUUUUUUUGUCAUGCAUACGAGGCGUUAUGGAAAUUUAUAAAAAAAAUUACGGACAUCCUAAAUUUGUCAUUGAUAUUAAUGGACAAGAUAUUUAGUGUAAAAUUUUUGAUGUUAUGGAAUGUCCAUAAACUUACUAGUGGCUCACAACCCUCCUUUGAGCUGAAGCUAAUAAGUUUGUUCAGAUAUGCAAACAAACAAAUUGUUAGCAGCCAUAGUGAAUAUAAUGAAAAUGUGCCAUGUCUGGGGGUGUGAAAUUUUGGGAGUUUGCCUCAGCAGCAUUUAGUCAAGCUCCACUGCUGCAUAUCCUAAAUCUAUUUCAUUUUUAUUUACUUUACUAUUUUAAAAUACAUCAAUGAAAACAGAAUUGGGCCCAAAUGAAAUGAUUUUUGUCAAUUGUUUGAACUGAAAAUCUUAAUUAUCUGACUUAUGUAUCUUAUUUCAUUGCAACAUAUAAAUUUAUAAAGUUAUCAUAACUGAUUUGUGUUAAAAUUUAAUGUUUCAAAUUUCUCUUCCUAAAUGACAGGGCUAUAAUUUUUGGACCACCUGGAAACACUAAAGGAGCCCUCCUGUUCUUUUUAUUCAAUGUUGUUUUAUGGGGUUAUCCCAUGUAUAUAUUUAAGGUAAUUUGGAAGCAUUUUAUAUUAAUAUCAAAUAUUCCCCUUUUAAAAUGAAAACACCAGUCUCUGGCUUGAUGAGCGUUUUUAAUAAUUCAAAACUGAUGACAACCCUUUUUUUUGUCUUUGUUUCCGUAGCAGUUUAAUGUUCUAAAUUGCAUAUGAUCCGCUAUGACUUCUUCCUGUCACAUUGGUUUAAACCAUCAGAUGUGCUAUAAUGACUUCUUCAAGCCUGUGAUCUGAAGCCUAAAUGUUAAAAAUAAACUGAUAACAAAUCAUUUCCAGACAAGUGCACGAGACUUGAUUAAAUUAAAUCGGGGAGUGGGAAUAAAUAUAUUUAGCAACAACUCUUUUGAUUCAAUAUUUAUGGAUUAUUAAUAUCAUACCCGGUAACCGCAGCUAGUUAAAAAUAUCAAUGAGUGCUCAAUAGGGAUUUUCGAAAAUGACUCUUAAUAUAAUUUAACACUUUGCUAUAAAAUUUUUUGUUUUUUAAAUUUAUUGCAAGGAACAUUCAUACUAUUUACAAUCUGUAUUUUUAUUUUUUACAUUGAAUUGUCAUUAAGCAUUAAGAGAAAAUUUAAUCUACAUGUACUGAUAAUUCUAUCUUUGUUUUUUGUAUUUCAGUGUCUACCUCUAACUUGGUAUGAUCUACAGUUUUAUCAUAUAUUUUUUAUGUUUACAAAUGUGCUUAUGUGGAUUUGUUUAUACCAUGCCAACACAAUAGACCCUGGGUUUUUGCCAAGAAAUAUUCCAGAAUAUGAUUUAGCCAUAAAACAGGUGAGGAGAAAUUGAUGGUGACAUUGAAUAAUUUAAACUAACCCAUAAGUUGCAUCUGUUUUAAAUGUAUGAGACAAUAUUACAAUAACAUAAAAAAGUAGAUCUAAAUAGGUGGUACUCAGUAUACUCCUGUGCAAGCAUAUCAAAUACACAUGAGGAAUUUGAGAAAUAUUAUACCUUGCUUACAAUUUGACAGAUAAAUACUAUUGACUAUACCUAAUGCUAGGAAACUUUCACAAAUGUCUUCAGAUUAUUGUGAUGUUUGUCAACUCCUGUAUUCUACUGGAUUGAUUAAUUCGUCAAGUUCUUUCACACGUUGAAAUCGUCGUAUUAAUAAUAUUGAAUAAACUCAAGUCCUUUUCAUAAUAAUUAUAACUUUAAUAUCUAAGUAUAUACUAUACACAUAAACACAUGCAUAUAGCGCAGCUCGCUAUCAGACAUAAAUAAAAUACAUCCUACUUCUACAAAGUUCCUUUCAAGACUGCCGCAGGACAAGAACUUACGUUACAAUACUGUCUAGACAAUACGUCAUAAUCAGCAUAAAAUAUGUCACAGAAUCGAGCGCGGAAAGUGUGUUCACUAACUUGUGAAACUCUUUAAAACACACACAGCACGUAAUGAAACAUAAUAAAUAAUAAUAUUCAGUCUCAACAAUUAUUAUUGAACUACCAUACUCAAAGUUUUACAAUUGUAUUCCGCACUUCAUAAUUACAAAUUAUAUGAAAAAUUGUUCUUUUUUAAAAAUGAGAAUGAGUUGGAAAAAUGUAAUCCAAAAAGGAUAGCUAUAAAGAGGGUAAUAUUUCUUAACAGCAUUGUAUCUAUUUUAAAAAAUGUAUCUAGCAGUUCCUUUUAAAUAAAUUUAAAACAUAACAUUAAAUCAUUGUUCAUUUACUACUUAUAUACUUUUUCUUAUCAAUUGCUGAAAAUAUUUUAAUAAUACUUAUCAAUAAUUUGAUGCCAUGAGAAAUCUAAAAAAUUUCAAGUUUGAGAAAUUAAACAUCAUGAAAUGUUGAAUAGGACUAACAUGUAAUUAUAUCCAUUUUAUUUAUACAUUUUGAUAUAUAGAUAUUCUUUCAUUGAUGAAACAUCUUUUCUUUAUCCUUAUUAUUCUUUCUAGGGUUAUGGGUCUUUUAAAUAAGUAGAAUUAAAUAAAAUGGCUGUAAAGCUUGUAGUAAUCCCCCAGACUUAACAAACAUAAAACUUUUCCCUUCUAGGUUGCCCAUUUUGAUGAGUGGAAGCAGGGGCAGAAUCCACUAUCUAGGUUAUGCCACACGUGUCGUACAGUGAAGCCAUUGAGAGCCAAGCACUGUCGUGUGUGUAAUCGUUGUGUGAAAGAGUUUGACCACCAUUGUCCUUACAUUCACAAUUGUGUGGGAUACUACAAUAGGUGAGUUCAUACGCCAUUAUUAUGAACUUGUUUAAUGUGUAGCAUGUGACAUGAAUACUAAGCAAAACAAUGAUUCUGUUAAUAUUUUGUAAUAAAUGUUUGUAAAAAUAUUUCAUUGGGAAAAUAUGAAACAGAGGAAGAAUCUUAAGAACUUUAAAGUUUCUUAGUAAAAAAAAAUUAUAUUCAUUUGAUGGUAACAUAGUAAUAUACAAAAGUUAUUUCAAAAGGAAUAAAUAAAAGUUGUUCACAGUGUUCAAGUUACAAAAACUGAAAUAGUAUUUUUAAAGUACCACAUCAUGUUUUUUUUCAUUUCAAACUUAUAGUUUAUUGCUUGUGCUGGAGCAUGAUAUUAACUUCUUUUUAAAAUAAUAAUAAAAACCUUGGCAGACAUAGAAUUUCUAGUUCCAAGUUAGUGCGAUAAAAGAUAGAUUUUUUAUUGAAAAUUACAAAUAUGUGUUUAACUUAAUGUUGUAACAGUAUGUCUGACCAGAUAUAUGCAUAAAAAAUAUAAUGUUUAUAUGGUGAUAAUUUGCAUGAUAUUUGUUGGGUACUGCAUGGUAGAACAUUUUAAGUUGUUAAACAACAAAAGUUAGCCUUUACCCCAUACAAAUUUGGCUGGUUCGCAAAAGGGAGAUUUUAUAUCUAAAAUUGGGAAUUUUAAAGCCUUAAAAUUAUUUUUUUUGAAUUUUUCUACCCUUUUUCUGUAGUGAAAUUGUAACUUUAACCUUUGCACCCGCUUUUUGUGUGGCUUGUUUGCUUUCGUCAACAUUUUACUUAGAGGCUUAGAGUAAUGUAGUUUGUACUUUGCUUUAAUUUGCCUAUUUUAGCUAGACUCCCAAUUCUUUAAAAAAAAUCAUCUUUUCUAAAUUUAUAAUUCACCCUUUCAAUUAGAUAUUAUCGAUGGCUUAAAAAAUAUAUCAUUCGAGUAUAAAGUGAUUUUUGUUAUGCUACAUACCAUUAUGCAAGCCACAGUUCUUGUAAUGUUUUUCUAGCAGCAGUAUCUAUAAAAAAAAAUAUUGUCACUACAUCAAUAGAAAGGUAAACUUCUGUUCAUCCUGCAUAUUAUGCUUGUCGAUCCAAAGUUUUGAUGCACGAUGUCGUUCUGUUUUGUUUUUUUCAUAGCUCAUUGAAGAGCAAUAACCAAAGCAUAUCAUUUUGCCUAAUCUGCAAAGGCUGCAAUAUUAACCAAAAUAAUUUUAUCAGACUUAAUUUGUACUUGCUGAGAAAAGAUAUAAGGUACAAGUACUUAAUUUUUUGGCUGGAAACAAAUAAAUGUAAAAGUAAGAGGAUACAAGUUUUAAAUGAAUUUUAAAAUAAUCCCAGAUGAAGUUUUUGAGUUUACCUUCACACCUAUACUUUUCCUCGGUUAAUGAAUGUGUCCUGUUGUAAAACAUCUUUUUCAGUACCGGUACUCAAAUGGUCAUGCUUUGCCUCUUUGUACCAAAGUCUUUGUUUCCUCUUGCUUGCACACUUAAGCUAUGUAAAAUCUUCAUUUUUACAUAUUUCUACAAUUUUUCCUGUAAAUGGUAAAUGGGCAUUUAAUAUCAACUGCUAUUAUAUUAAGUUAAUGAUUCCUUAAAAAUGGCUAAUUUAUCACAUCUUCUCAUAAUCAAAGUUAGUUUAGGAAAGAAAUUUAAAAGUCAAUGAAUUCCUUGUAUUAGGUUUAUAUUGAGGCCACUAUUUAACAUAAUGGCAAUCCUUUGUAACUGACCCACUUCUGUGUCCAUUGUUUGUAGGAUGUGGUUCUUUGCAUUCCUGGUGACAUUGUCAGUGUUGGCCAUCCUUUCAGACUACUUCUGUUAUUACAUUCUCAACUACAUUCACUGGGACUGGUUGGUUGUCAUUGGUGGUGUCGAGCUUGUCAUUGCUUCGUUCUUGAUUGGUGUAGUGCUCAACAUGUCGGUAAGAAUAUAUUGAAAGUCAUUGUCUAGUUCAGAUAUGUGCUCAUGUCCUCCCCCCACCCUGAGAAGACGGAAAGAAAUGGUAGGUUGUACAUGUUGCGUUUAUGUUGAGAUUUUUUGUGUAACAUUGCAAAGUAUUGGCAUUUAUUACCAUAUUUGCCAGCAUAUAGGACACACUUUUCCCCCCUCAAAAUUUGUCUAAAUAUGGGGUGUGUCUUAUGCGAGGAAAAUGUAGAACUUUAUUUUCAUGUAUGUCAAUGUGUUCUAUACGUUGGCAAAUGCGGUAAUUGAAAUUAAGGUAAGUACAUAGACAUUCAAGAUAAACAAGGAUUGUAUUUCGUGAACAUAAGCUAUUGUCAUUGUUAUGAAUUACAUUAGUGGUUUUUUCUUUAUAUAAAUCAAGAAUAUUCAUGUUAAAAAAUGUUUGCAGAGAGAUUUCAUGUGUUAAAAAGCAUUUCCAGUGCAUUUUAAAAAUUCUUCCAUUUAGCAUUCCUCAGUUUUCACCUAUUUAUAAGAUAGAUGCGUGCAAAUUUAAAUAUGUUCGACAUAGUAUGUAUCAUUUACAAUGUCUAUUAAAUUCAUUAUCUGGUGUGCCAUUUUUUCCAUUUUUAUUCUAGAUUCCUUGUUUGAAUCAAACACUUAGUUUUUUUAAAUUAAUUUAUUUGUUAUUCAAAAUUUUUUUAAAUAUUAACACAUUUGUGUAUCACAUUAAACCAUUUCUCAGUUACCUUUUCCAAUUAUAAAGGAAUAACCUCAUGUUUUUAUAACAGGAACAUAAUCCAAAAUAUCAUGUAAACUUAAUUUCAACCAAUACAAAAAAUAUCUAUGUUGGUCUCACUAACUAAAUUCAGGGGCUUAGGUAGAAAAUGUUAUUUGCCAGAUUCAAAUUUAUUUAUUUUUCCUUUUGGCAUUCACAGCCUUAUCACAUUGCUUAUAUUUUAUUAUAUAAAUCUGUUUGCACUGAUCAAACAGAACAUCACAUGUUGUGAAAUAUAUUAUGUACACUAGGUUUUGUUAGUGUUUUUAUUUGAAGUGUGCUGUGUGCAUUAAUCUAUUUCCCACACUCAGUGUUAAUAUUUAUAUUAAUAUCUUCAUUUAUACCUUUUUUAAAAAAAAAUCUUUUUCUCACAUCACACAAGUUUAUUUUGGUGUUCAGUCCAGUGUCCAUACAGAUUAUCACCUAGUACAUUACAACUUUGAAUGAUGUAAAACUAUACCCCCCUGUUCUCAUUUUCCUACUAUUGGGCCCAAGAUAUAACACGUGUGACAUUAUACAACCUAACACCUGCAUUUAUUUGUACUGGUAGAUCAAUGUUACUAUCUUGACAUAGCUCCAUCAUAUUAACCCACUCCUGGCUAGCCUAGUAAACUCUCUGAUAUGCCCUUAGUUUAGGGACAUGGGCCCAAUUGGAAAUGAACAUGUUUAUUAAACAAAUAAAAUAUUAAAGAAACCUCAAGAGUUUUAAAAUCCCUGCUGAACUCACAAUAAUAAAGGAAGAUAAAAACAUUUGAAUUUCUCUUUAUGAAAGAGGGUGACUUAAUUGCAAAAACAGCUGUAAACUUCAGUAGUUGUGAUGCAUGGAAGUAAGGAAGAUAGACUGGAGUGGGUUAAAUAUUCAUUGAUUGCUAAUUUAUUUACUAAUAUUGUUUUAAUUAACCACUCACUAAGAUCAGUGGAACCCAGCAAGUAUCAUGCAGCUGACAUCAAACUAUGAAAAAUCCAUGACCUUAUCUAGGAGUUUCCAAACCAUUUUAAGUGCAGGACCAGAUGGAAUAUAAUAAAAAAAAAAAAUUUUCUUGCGGGGGGGGGAGGGGGGGGGAUGGGAAUAGUUAAUGAUUCAUAGGUUAAAACAGGGAUUCUUAACCUUUGGUCCACAGACUCCUAGAGUGUGUGCAAAGGUUUCAUGGUUUGUGAGCCAUUUUUCCCAUGUAGUUUUAUUAUAAGCAAUAAAAAAUAAAAAAAAUUAAGAAGGGGGUCCAUGACUUUCAUCAUGCUGGCAAAGAUGUCAAAGGAAUAAACAAAAGUUAAGAACCCCUGGGUUAAAAAAAAAUUACAUUAUAGAUCAGACUUUGUCAUCCUUCUUUCCAAUUUUUUUAAAUUUUCUAUGUUAAGUUAAUUAUGAUACAUUAUUUUAUUCCUAUAUACACAUUUCUCCAUACCUAAGGGUUAAUAUCAAUGGCUUGCCUAUAAAACAGUUUGGAGACCCCCUGACUUAUGAAAAUAAAAGGUUCUAAUUCUUGCCCAAUUGCAGGGUGUCUUUUGUUGGAGUUUGUGUGACCAUGAGUUCAAUGGGUGUCCAGACUUUCCACUUUUCCUACUCUGUGCUGUCCCUAGAAGGAAUGUCUUGGUAUCAGAUUGACUAUUUACUAGGGUUGUCACUAUUAGCCUUCUUCUCCUUUGUUGCAUGCUGUAUAGCACAAUCCUCUGUGAGUAUAUUAAAAAAAAACAACUUCUAUAACCAACAAAAUUGUAUUCUUGAGAAAGGCAACAAGCACACACUUCUAAAGAGAAAUUAUCAGGUAAGGACAGUGCAGAACAUGAACGUUAAUUGUUAAGAAUGUGAAAAUCUGAAAGAUGCAUUUAUUAAGUCUUACACUAACAAAUUUUGGACAGGGACUGUCCUCACACCUUUUAUUAUGAUAAUUAUCCUCAUUAAUUAAUCUCCUUUUUUAAUUUGUCAUAUUUGAAGGUCUUUAAAAAAUUUUUUUUUCCUCAUAAAUUUUGCAGUGUUUGUAAAUGGCUUGUAAGUUUAUGUCAGGAAAUAUCUGUAAAAUCUCAUAAAAUGUUCCAUUUGGCAUGUUGUUGCCUCACAUCCACCUCACUGAAGACACAACUAAUGUUAAAUAGCAGUUUUUUAGUUUUCCACUAUUUAUAUUAAAAAAAAUAGCCAAAUUGUUACUGUUAUUAGUGUUAUGUGUCCAAAUCUCAGGGGGCUGUUAUUGUUGAAGGCAUUUUUCUUGCCUGAGUUUGUAUAUCAUUUCACAGCUUUUACCAUGUAACCAAACAUUGUUUAGAUUCUGAAACAUUAAUCUGAUGGUUUAGGUUGUCAAAUAAAUAGUGUCCAUGCUUUUUUUAAAGUUGUGAUAUACUGCCUUUUUUUUUUGUUGCUUUUGUUUGGUCACUAUUUUAAAUAAAUGACCUGAACCUAAUAACUUAGAUUUAGUUAAUUAUAAUCUGGCUUUUGUGUCUUAUUUCGCACUUAGUAACUUUUAAAAAAAAGUAGUGAUACCUUUAUAUUGUUGUGUUUCAAGUCAGUAAUGGAAUAAAAAAUGUGAUCCUAUGCAGUACUCGGCAAAUUCAGGUUUGAAAUAACCUAGCAUCAUGAACAAGUAUUCUAUUAGCUUAAAAAGGCCAGUGGGUCUCAUGUUAUUAAAUCUAGUGAUUUGUGGCCCAAUUUCAGGGUCUCAUUUAUUGUAUUUGUGCUGACUGUAAACUUAAAUGGACUGGUAGAGUUUCGGUUCCUUUAUGAAAUGGCUAAGCUGGAAGAGUUUGCUCUGAGGUAUGACUACAUCCUGGCCCUAUUGAUGCUGUUAGGCUACGGUGUCAUUGCUGCCAGUAUUCUGGGCGUAACGGUAAGUUUUAAUAGAGCUAUUUGUGCAUUUAUUUAUUUAAAAAAAAUUAAAAUUUGGUUAAAAUGAUGGUUUUACGGUUGUAAAAAUAAUACUUAUAUUUUAAAUAAUUAGAGGAUCUCUCAACAUCGGCUGUGACAUCUUAUCGCAAGCAUUUUAUGUUGACAAUUUUACAGCAUAGUAGAAUAUUGCAUCUGUUAUUUUUUUACAAAGUCUUUAAUUAUGUAAUUAUAUUAUCCCUUUAAUUAUUUGUUUAACAUCUCAUUUUGUACCAUAUUGAUGGCUGUUAAAUUGCAGAUGUUUUAAAAUUAUUUUAGAUUAUAUUACACUGUACAGAUUUAUUUAAAGCUACCAAAAUAUGACCCUAUAAAAAGCAUUGUACCGUUUUCCCCACAAUUUUACCAUUAUUGUAUUUAUCCUUGCUCCAAGUCCCAAACACUUAAAUUUAAUGUUGUGUAUGCACAACCUUCCUAAUAAAUAUUUAAUUUUUAUUUUCAAAUUAAUGGGCUUGUAUGGGGAUUGAACUUCCUCUAUAUAUUAAGGGCCCAUAUAAUUUUUUGAUCAUUCUGGCUCCUAUGUAAUGUAGAGGGGAUUUGCCAUGUUUCUGUGCCUGGUAUUGAAGAUGAUAUUUCACUGGUUGUAAGGGCUACUCAGCGAGGGUAUUAUGAACUGGGGGUUGAGAGGCCUGAGUGUUGUCGCCUCAAGUGUCUAUAUCUUCAUUAUAUUUUGCUAACCAGCAGGCAUAAAGUACAGAUUGAAAUAGAUGUACACUGGAUAUGUCUUUUUAUAUAUGCAAGACGAUAAGUGGUCAUUCCCAUUUGACUUUUGCUUCUGCCUAUUAAUUUAUUAAAUUUCCAAACAGCUAAUGCGAGGAUUUUACCAAACUUUGAUUGAUUAAAAAUGUUCCAAAAUUCAGCACUGUAGAAUUUCGGGAAGAUAUAAGGAGAAUAAUAGGAUCAUUAAAAAGAUAUAAACAAAAAUCAAAUUCAAAAUGUUAAUUAAUAAAAGUGGCAAAUAAUGAUAUUUUCUUUAAUGUUACUUAAGAUUUCAAAAUAGCUAAAUCUAUUUUAGUGCAUGUAUUAAAUAUUUUUUUAAAUGUCAGAUUAAAAAAAAUAUAUAGGACAAUAAUGUCAUGAUCAAACCGUGCCAAUUUUGUUUUGCUAUUUUCUUUUACUAGAACCUCUUAAAUCAUGUAAAUACUUUUAGGCAAGUGACAAUACGUAGGUGUACAUGGAUAUACAUAAAAGGCUAUUUGUUCCAUUGUGUUGAACUUUUAAGCCUCCCUAUUAUAGCUGCAUCAUUUUAUCCCCUUCCUACUUAUCAACAGAUUCAUGGUGCCAUCAAGAACCUUACUUUAAAUGAGCUCAUCAAUCGAAAGCGUUACCUGUAUUUAAAGAACAAGAACGGACAAUUUUUUAAUCCAUAUGACAAAGGAGCUGUUGAAAACCUUACAGAAUUCUUCCACCUGCAUACAUUAGAUGGUUUUAGCUACUUUCCUAACCUCCAGAACUUGAAUUCUUUAUCAUCAAAAGCUCACGUUGUUUAAAGAUAGCAAGUAAAAUAUUUGACUGCCAAGAACUCUUGAUUUUUUUAAAUUUAAUUUUAUUUUAGUGUUAUAAAAACAUUCCAUAGAGGCAGUUUUCUGUUAACGAAGGUGUUCGUUAUCUUUUUUAUUGUUGUUAUACUAAAAACCGUCCUAAUUUGCACUUUUUGCAUAUAUAAUGUGAUAAUACUAUAUGUUAGCAGUCAUUUUUACAUAUUAAAUAUAUUUGAUAGAGUAUCGAAUAUGUAUGUUUCAUUAUUGAGAUUCACUACAAAUGUAAAAUAUAGUUAAUUCUACAAUUGUUAAUCCUUAAAUUUGAUAUAAAAAUAAAGCAAAAUAUUUGUAUAACAUCUGAAAAUCGUAAGGUUCCUUUUAUAGCAAUUAUUUCUAACUGAAAAUUUAAUUUUCCCAUCAUUGAUACUGAAAUCUCAUUAAAUUAUCUACUUUUUAAUCUUUUUGAGUGCAACAAGAUUUUAUUAUUCAAUUUUGAAAUGCCCAUUUUAAAUUUUAAUACGAAAAGCUUGUAAGGUUUUAAACCAAAAUUUGACAUUUUUCAAAGUUCACAUCCAAUACAGAUUUUUGAAACUCAACUAUAUUGUUUCAAGAUCACCUUUUUUGGUUUUAAAGAAAUGAGAUAUAAGAAAAAAUGUGUUUUCUUGAUGAGAUAAUGAAAAAUGUAUAUACCUUUUUAUGUUACGCUAACAGACUGUCCUUCAUUUAUAUUUUUCCUUCUGCAAUUAUUAUUUCAUUGUUAAAUAAUUGUGAUAUGUAGUUAUAUUUUUGUAAUUGAGGUUUUCUUUGAACAAAUUCACUUUUAUUGCAUAUAUUUAGCACUGUGAUUUGUCCUCUUGCAUCAUAACUUUUUAAUUCUAUCUGGCUGUACCAAAUUCAAUAAGUUGACCAUAUUAAGUUGAAUUAAUUUCUUGAGCCGAUGAUACUGGUAACACAAUCAAAACACAGGUUGGUAUGAUAUAUUUAUUGGUAGAUUAGCAUUUUGUACCUGUUUCCUUGGUUCCUAGUAUAAGAUUACAGAAUCUCAAAGGUAAUUUUUUUCAUAUUUAUUUCUUAGACCACAUCAUUUCAAUACAAUUACAUUAAUACAUUUUAAGCUUUAAUUCAGUAACUGGCCACUGGCAAUUAGUGCUAUUCCUAACCUCCAUUGAAAUGAAGGGUUGAUUUUUCCAUUUUAAAUUGAUUCCUUAAUUACCUUAAGUAAAAUAUAUAACUAAUAUUAAUUCUUUAAUUCAGUUCUUUUAAUGUUCUUUUAAAUUGAAACUGAUAGAAUUUUAAGUGCAGCACAAUUUUAAAAUCACCCAUCAUAACGCCAUCUGUCUGUGUCUUGUAGAUAUUUCAUGCAGCUCGAAAUCUGACCACCAACGAAAGGAUCAACUACAAGCGUUAUGACUACUUGAAAGAUGGGAAAGGUUCAUACCACAAUCCAUUUGACAGGGGUUUCAAGAAUAACUUCUUGGAGUUCUUUCAUCUCCGUCCAGGUCUGAGAGAGGAUGAGGUUCAGUUGUUAGGUGUUCAUACUGUGUGACACAUGCAGGUGUGAGACAAUGGUGAGAGAGGUAUAAAAGAUUGGUGGAUGUAGCAAAAUGAUGAGUUAGAGGUUGGAGAUUGAAGUUAUACAGUCACAGCACAAAUGUGAGGCUGGGGUAUGUUUCAAAAAGAAGCAUAAAGGUGUGGCUGAAAUGGACAUUUUUAAUAAUUCAUUCUUGUGAGAAUCUUGUAUAUGUUGUAAUGAUUUCAGAUGUAUAAUUUACAAAUAUAUUUAUAUAAAGUUAGUAUACAUGUUACAAGCCAGUUAUUUUUAUAAAAACAAAAUAGCAUACCCCAAAUUUGACAUAAUUUGGGAAUUUAUUUGAUAAAAGUAGCAUGAUUUAUUCGACAGCAAGUACCCUGGAUAGCUGGAUAUUGUCAACACUGGAUAUCGUGAUGUCGUAAGCUUAAUAUCAAAAGUUUUUUUAAAAACUUUCAGCUACAGCAUCAGGGCUUUUGGCUGGCUUGUUUGUAACAUUUGUAUAUUUAUUUAUUUAUAAAGGAAAAAAUAGAGUGCAUAAAAGAAAACCAACCAAAAUUUAUUUAUAUAAGGAAGAAAGCUCAACAAUGUCAUCUUUGAACCCAUUAUAAUGAUUAGUGCAAGUCUCUGCAAAUGUUAUGUCCAUGGGCAUCUUGCUGUCUUAAAAUAACACAAAGACAAGUGAUAAGCACAGAAUAAAAAAAAAAUCUUGAGAGUUCCUGGGAAUGGUUUAAGUUUUAGAUUUUCAAAAACACUAAAUAUGCUCUGUUUAAAGUGUAUGUAUGUGUAAAUUGCAAAUCUGCAUGCAUGAAACAUAAUUUUUUCUCACCAGAGCACUUAUGGUACACAAUGUCAGAUAUUUUAAAGUUUCUGUCCCCUCAAAAAUUAUGAGUCCAAAUGCAGAUGUUUUUAGAAUUUAAAAACCUGUGUACUGGCAACUAGUUUAUGCUAUAACUUGCUGGAGGACAAAUAAUCGGCAGUGAAUGCAGCCUUAAUAUCUAUAAUGAAAUAAUUGGAGUGCCCCCCCCCUCCCCCUUUACCCUCUCUCUAUAAAUACAAUUUUCAAUAACAAUUUCAAAGGGUGCAUGGGUAUUAAAAAACAAAUUUAUUCAUCUGUAGGAGCUAGAGUGUAGCCUUAAUUUCCUUAUUUAUUCUUGCAUAAAUUUUAACAGGGAACACUGCCAAGUUGGGAGUGAGAUCUCGUCUGUCCUUUGGCUUGUUAAAUAUUAAAAUAUUUUGCAUUGGUCAUCAUAUUUAUUUUUGAAUGUGCUUAAAUUUUUUUUCUAGUGCUGCGAAAAGAAGUGCACAAUAAUUUUCUGUGAUGAUGUGUGUUUGAAUUCUAAACAAAAUGCCACUAACCACCUGCUGGGUCAAAUGUGAUGGUAUUGAACUAUUUUCCUUCAAUAGAAGACACAGUUGUUGGCAUAUUCAUUUAAUUUUAGUAUUUUAUUUUUAAACCAGCCAAGGAUCAGUGGGGCAAACGGGGCAAGGACAGUAGGACAGCCCCCCCCCCCUUGGAAAUAACAUGUUUCCUAUGGUGGCUGGUUGAUAAUCUUUUUUUUAAAGCUCAUUUUAGUUUUUACAAGAUGUGUGACAAAAAAUAUUAUUAACUGCUGGUUUGGGAUGAAGCUGUUGCUGCAGUCGAUUAGGAUUUAAAAAAAAUAAAGGCUUAAAGUUUGAGAUGAUUCUAUGAUUCUGUUACAGAUAGCAAGCAGGUUGACGUAGGUUACAUAUAGCAGUAGGCAUUUUUACUGAAUUUUUUCGUAUACAUGUAUGGCUGCUCUGGAUGUAAAUGAGAACUUUGAGAUCACAUAUAAAGAUUGUAAUUGUAAGCAUAUGCACAUCUUGAAAACUUUGUUUUUUUGCACUUUCAUUUACUUUUGAUAGAUGUGAACACCGUGAUUGUCUGUUUUGGGAGGGGAUCAUUUUUCUACUGCUGUCGAGCCAUAUUGAAACCUUACCACAUUUUGUAUAAGUUUUCAACCACUGAAUGGUUUAUUGUUUACAUCUGUUUUGACCUGAUGAUGUUGUUUUUUUUUAAUAUAUAUAUAUACUUAUAAACAAUCAAUGAAUCAAACAAUCAACUUUCUGCAUAAUUUACAUUGACUUCCUGAUGUAACUUGUUGAUACUAUUCUUCCUAAGAUUGACAAAUUGUUAUGUGUUGUACUGUACAGGAAGUUCAUACCCAUACUUCAGGGCAUUCUCUAAAGAAAUUUGUGUUAUUUAUUUUACACUUAAACAUUUUUUUUCCAUACUUCCUUGGGUUAAUAACUCAAGGGCUAUUCAGUACUCAAGGGUUAUGAAGUACCCAAGGGUUAUGAAGUACCCAAGGGUUAUUAAGUACCCAAUUCAGCUCAGCCAUUGGAAUUUAUUAAUCAUUAAUGGUGUUAGUUCAUUCUUUGAAGCUAAAACCUGAUUAAAAAGGGCUAGUAGGUUCUUUUAUCUCUGUAUAUUUUUUUGCCAUCCUCAUUGGAUCACAUCAAGGACUAGGACUAGGAAACUUUUGUACUGUACAACAAAAAAAUAAAGAAGCAGUGAAUACAAUAUUAACUGAACACUAAUGGAAUCAUGUUAUGGCACUGGUUUUGUUGUGUAGCUGACAUGAUAAUAUCAUCCUUUAAACCAGCGGUUCUCAACCUGUGGGUCGCGACCCCUUUAUAUACUCUGCAUUUAUGAAGUAGCAACCAUAAUAAUUUUGUGGUUGUGUAUUAAAGGGUCGCAGCAUUAGGAAGGUUGAGAACCACUGCAUUAAACCAUCUUUCUCCAGAAUUGUCUACUUAACUCUAAUUAAAUUAGUUGAAACUUAUUAGAAAGUUAGAUUCAGAAUAUUAUUUCAGCACAAUAGAAUUCCUUUUAACUUAAACCCACAGAGGUUGUAGCCUACCAUUUUAAUGUUGUUUGUUAUUUUCUUUUUUUUUAAAUUUUUUAUAUAUUUUUUUCUGGGGGGUGUAAUAUUUGAAAAAAAAUUAAAAUCUGAUACUAGCG